AUGCCUGAGCCGGCGAAAUCCGCUCCAGCACCAAAGAAAGGCUCCAAGAAAGCCGUCACCAAGACCCAGAAGAAGGGCGACAAGAAGCGAAAGAGAACAAGAAAGGAGAGCUACUCGAUCUAUGUGUACAAGGUGCUGAAGCAGGUGCACCCCGACACGGGCAUCUCCUCCAAAGCCAUGAGCAUCAUGAACUCCUUCGUCAACGACAUCUUCGAGCGCAUCGCCGGCGAGGCCUCGCGCCUGGCGCACUACAACAAGCGCUCCACCAUCACCUCGCGGGAGAUCCAGACGGCCGUGCGGCUCCUGCUGCCCGGCGAGCUGGCCAAGCACGCCGUCUCCGAGGGCACCAAGGCUGUCACCAAGUACACCAGCUCCAAGUAA